ACUCCCACACUGCCGCAGUUACUCCUCCAAACCUCUUCGUCUCUUUCCACAACUUUUCACAACUUGUCACAUCUCUGCAAAAGUCCAAGACAUUAUAGUUGGCUGCAUGGCUAAAUGAAAGUUUCAUGGACUUGGAUCUUGGAAACCUUUUAGCGACGCUUUAUUGGAGCUCGUCGCCUCUAUAGUUACUGUGGAUUACUGACAUACCGCAGGACCCUUGGCAGCUAUUUAUUGGGGGUUUCCAGCGUUUCCUCUGCAGAGGUCUGAGCCGAAAUGUCGAGCAAAGCCCUGCACGCUCCGAUCCCCCUGCACCCUGCCCUCCAGCUUACAAACUACUCCUUCCUGCAGGCCGUCAACACUUUCCCUGCUGACCAGCUGCAGGGACUGUACGGCCUCAGCGCGGUGCAAACCAUGCACAUGAACCACUGGACUCUUGGCUAUCCACACAUGCAAGGACUUAGGUCGACAAUUACAGCAGCUGCCCAAGGUCUGGUGGACCCCAGAAUUCCCUUCCCGGCGUUACCCUUCACGGCCGCCGCUCAGCUCCUCCAUCCAAAACAAGCCACCGUUACUCACGGCGUACCCUCGCUGCACAAGGACAGGCCAAGGUUUGACUUUGCCAACCUGGCCCUGGCUGCCACUCAGGAGGACCCGCCAAAAGCUGCGGAUCUGGCAAAAUUGGCGUCGGGACUUGGGGGAACCAUCUCAGAGCUGAGCAAGUUGUCCCCGGACCGAAAACCCACCCGGGGGCAGGCUCCCUCCAAGACUAAAAAGGAAUUUAUUUGCAACGUUCUGCGGCAGGCAUUUUCACGAAGUCCUACAAACCUCCUCAUUCACGAGAGGACGCACACAGACGAGCGGCCUUAUACCUGUGAUAUUUGCCACAAGGCCUUCAGAAGACAAGACCAUUUUCUGUUUUACAUAUACAUCCACUCCAAGGAAAGGCCAUUCAAAUGUCAAGAAGUUGGAAGGAGAUUCUGUCAGUCUCGAACUCUAGCCGCUCCACAAAAACCUUACCGACACGAGUCUCCCCACAAAUGCACCCCAUGCGGAAGAACCUUUAAUCAAAGAAGUAACCUGAAAACUCACCUUCACCAUACAGACAUCAAGCCCUACAGCUGUGGCCGCUGCGGAAAGUUGUUUCGGCGCAACUGUGACUUGCGACGGCACAGUUUUCGACACAGCCCGCAUCAGGACUUCUAGCCUGGACAGACUAACAAAGUCAAAAAAUGGACAAAAGCCAGAGAGACAAAUCGGCGACUCUUGUGGUCAAAGGGACUCUUCCAAUGAGGACACAUUUACUGGCAGCGCAUUUUUAGCCUGGAAUUUGGUGCACCUCAAGAGGAAAAGACUGCAGAUCCAUGAUCAUGUCCAGCUUCCCCACCUGUAAAUAUCAAGACCACGUACAUAAUGUUUUUUUCUUUUCUUUUCAGACCUUGAAAUGAUAAAAUUGUCAAACAGUAAUAAGUUUAAAGUAUGUUAUAUUGUAUUUUAGAAAUAAAUAUUUUCCAUGAUA